UUGUCGUUCUUUCAGAACUGUGAUAAAUUUGAGGACAAAUUUGCUUGUCAAUAAGAACGGAUAUAUAAGCAAAUAAUUACACAUCCUAGUCAAAUUGAAAUUGAAUGGGGAAAGUAACAAUUGGUGUAAAACUGAAUUAUUAUGACAUUACCAUGUUUUGCUGUUAUGUGACAAAGUGCCUUUAUUCAGCAGUCUUCUAAUGAUGAUGUGAUUUAUGAUUUAAAAGGCCUGAACCAAUAUGGAUGUUAUACCUUGCAUCAGAAGUAUAGCACCAACACCUAAUUAGCUCUCUCCUGAGCCCAAAGUCACUGAGCCCAACUCUCCCUUCAUGAUGCAGUGUGUGGUUUGAGCACCCGGAUAGCAAGAUGAUGCAGAUCAACCUGACAGGCUUUCUGAAUGGAAAGAAUGCCCGGGAGUUCAUGAAGGACCUGUGGCCCCUGCUGCUGAGUGCCCAGGAGAACAUUGCUGGCAUCCCCUCUGCUUUUCUGGAACAGAAGAAAGAGGAAAUCAAACAGAGACAGAUUGAACAGGAGAAGCUUGCUUCUCUGAAGAAGAUAGAUGAGGAUAAGAAGGAAAAGGACAAGGACAUCAGAGAGAGGGCUCAGUCGAAAAGCCCAAGAAGGCGGAAGACAAGGUCACCGUCACCACGGCGAAGGUCGCCGGUGAAGCGAGACAGGAAACGCAGCCCCUCGCGCUCCCCGAGACGUAAAGCCAGUCCAAUUAGUGGCAGCUCACCUCCUCCACCACUGAUGCAGCUGCCCACAAAACCUUUGGAGCAGCUUGUGGAGCCGGAUACAUCAGGAAGAGCAAUGCCUGAACCAAUUAUCCAAGAAGCUUCAUCCACCUGUGAUGCAGUUGUGGAGGUGGUAAAAGCAGACUCCGUGACUGAAGUCAAGGAACCUUCCCCAGAAAAAAGUCAUAAAAAAGAGGAAAGGCCGAGGUCUCGUGAAAGAGAGAAGGACACCAGAAGGGAAAGACCUCACCACCGCUCCCGUUCUCACUCACGUUCUCGCAGACGACGCUCCCGUUCAAGGUCUUACUCCCCUCGUCGAAGACAAAGCCCCAGAAGGAGAAUGUCUCCUCGUCGGAGGAGUCCCCCAAGACGUGGCCCCACCACCUCCAGACACAGACACAGGCGCUCCCCUGUCCGCAGGAGGCGUUCUCGCUCUGCUUCAUCCUCUGGCAGCAGCUCCUCAGGCUCUCGCUCACCGAAAAAAGCAAUGAAAAGAAUAUCUAGCACACCACCCCGAAAGCAGGCCCAUCAUCUUGACACUUCGAUUAGCCCCGCAGGGAAAGACAGGCGAUCACCGUCUCCACGGGGCAGAAGGGGUCGGGGCUCUGCUUCCCCUCCAAGAUCAGCAGGUUUUAAGCGAAAACAAGGAGGAAGGGGUGAUUCUCCGCCUGAUAAUGCCAAGGCAAGACCCUCUGAAGGGUCAGAGUCAGAGGAGGAUAAAAAUGAGAAAGGGGCAACAGCAGAUUCGGUGCAGCAGCGACGUCAGUAUCGCAGGCAGAACCGACAGUCGUCCUCAGACACAGGGUCUUCCUCCUCAGAAGAUGAGGGGCCCAAGAGGCCAACAGCAGGACCAGGUGCCAGAAAUGGUGAAGUGAGGAGAAGACGUAGCCGUACACCGUCCCCUAGGAGGCGACAUAGGGACGCCUCUCCAAGGAAAAGACGUUCUCCGUCUCCUGUACGCAGACGUCGUUCCCCCUCUCCCCCACGACGCCGCAGAUCACCCUCUCCUCCUCCUAGACGCAGGUCUCCCUCCCCUCCACCCCGCCGUAGAUCACCAACCCCCAAACGAUAUUCUCCCCCCAUCCAGCGUCGCUACAGCCCUUCACCUUUGCCACCACAGAAGCGGAGGCUGUCAAAUUCACCCCCAAAACGCUCUUCUCCGGGGAUCAAGCGACGUCCCUCCAGGUCCCCCAAACGCAGAAGCUCUCCUGCUCCAAGGAGACGCUCACCUCCCUCCUCCACAUCUCCACCCAGACACAGGAGGAGCCCCAUGUUGCCUUCAAUCAGGCCAAGCAGGGACACACGAUCACCUUUGGGAGGAGGCAGGCAUCUCUCUCCGUCCCCUGCGAACCGCGGUCGCAUUGUCAGGGGUUCCCCCAGUCCUCAGGGACGUUUUGAAACCUCCAGUGCAUCUCCAUCUCACCAGCGGAGACAGCAGUCCCCUUCACACAGUAGUAAACUCAUCCGCAGAGUGUCCCGCACACCAGAGCCACGCAACAACCAGAGACCGUCUCCGAGCCCCCAGCCUAUGAGGAGAGCACCCUCCAGAUCCAGAUCAGUUUCCCCUCAACCAGCAGCUCAGAAACGUCCAGCCCCUGCGUCUGCCUCCCCCUCACCGUCCCGCUCAGCCAGUGGGUCUCCACCACCAGCUAAAAAGGCCAGCAGUGGGUCUGGCAGUCAGUCUCCAAGCAAGGCUUCAGAUGUUGAUGGCAGUGGAAAGAAAAAGAAGAAGAAGAAGGAAAAGAAACAUAAGAAGGAGAAGAAACACAAAAAGCACAAGAAGCAUAAGAAGGAGAAGAGCGGUCCCGCUGCGAGUGGGGAUGGACCAGAAAUCCAGGGCGUAGAGGAAGAUGGAGAUUCGAGAAAGGAGUCAGACAGUGAAGUUGAGGACAGCUUGGAUGAUCUGGAGAAGCACCUUAGAGAGAAGGCCCUGCGCUCCAUGAGGAAGGCCCAGUUGUCUCCAUCACAGAUGUCCUGAAAACAAGAGGCUUUCUCCCUCUUGAAUUUUCCACUCACUCUUGAUGUUUGUCAUCAACCUGGUUCAGCUUUAGAAUGUACAAAUUGUUAAAUCUCGAGUCUUGUUUUCUUUUUACUGGUUUGGUACAUUCUGAAAAGUGUGUUUCUUUAAGAGCUUGAUUUGUCGGUUAGUGUAUUAUCUAAAACUGUAAAGAAACUUGUGUUGUCCAUAAUUUUAAAUUGUUGAGCAGGGAAUGAGUUGAGGCCCUGAGGUUUGAGUUGGGCAGGUUUCUGAUAUUUUCCACAGCCUACAGUAGACUCCAUUGAGAAAUGAUUGCAUGUGCAGUGAUUGUCUCUGAUGUGCAUGAACCACUGACCUUAUGAAGCGUAGGGGAAAACCACCAUACAGUAACAUACUGUUACUAUUGCCUUUUAGUAGUGGAAACGGUGACACUGCUGUGUGCACCGUUAAGAGGCCGUAACAGAAUGUCUAAUCCCAUAUUGUAACUUGUAAUAGAGUUGUUUGGCAUCGUUUAACCUGCUUUUUUCUGACUCCUAAAUUGUCUUGUUUGAAGACUAAAACAAUCCAAUGUGAUAAAUGCUUUAAUUUUUUUUUUUCAAAACAGAUUGAUAUGCAAUUUAUGUUGACACCCUUGUAUCAAGCUAAUCUCUGUGGGACUGCUCUAGUAUAUGAUUUGUAUUUAGUAACCUUGGCUCUUGUCAUCUUGUCAUCCUUUCAGAAUUAAAACGUUUUUAUAUAGGA